GCAGCUCGACCGGGCGCAGUCAUUAUUGCGCCAGUCUAACACCCGCCAGCGAUCUUCCUCGUCGCGGUCGUACCGUGUCGAAUUUUCCAGGCGAUUUCCGAGAUCUGUUGAGACGGUUAAGCGCACAGUACUCGACGCGCUUGGCAAGGGCGUGCGUGCGUUCCUCCGUGCGUUCCGCGACAGAAAGGCAGAAAGAGAGAAGGAGAGAGAGAGAGAGAGAGAGAGAGAGAGAGAGAGAGAGAGAGAGGAGAACGGCCUCGUGGCACGCCUCGUGGUCGCCUCGCCUCGCGAGCGAGCGCGCUGAUUAUCGUCACGGUACCCCGGCGGAUACGAUGAGACUCUUCUCCGGGAACGAGGAAAAUGUGACGUGAGAGACUGGCCUUCGGCGAGAGUGCGAUACGCUCUGCGACGCGACGCAGUCAGUACGCGGGCGCGGGUUAUCCUGCAAAAUGACCGCCGCUCCGGUGAGGAGGCUUCCGUCGACGGCGGCGGUGUGCUGCUGGCUCCUGGUGGCGCUCGGUGUCGGUCAGGUCGCCGGGCAAUUAUUGGACACGGAGUUCCAGCCGACGGUGACGGCGACGUGCAAAGGCGGCCACAUGACGAUCCGCGUCAACCUCAAUCAGAGUUUCGUGGGCGCGGUCCACGCCCGAGACCAUCGGACCCCGCAGUGCAUGGUCUCAGGCAAUGGCUCCACGCACGCCACCUUGGGCAUCAACCUGUUCGCGCCUAACGACAGUCCCGAGUACUGCGGAGUCCUCGUGAACAACCACACGGAAGAACGCUCCAUUCCCAUCGCUGUUAGAAUACACAAGACCCUGGAAUUGGCGGACGACAAAUUUUAUGUCAUCACGUGCGGAAAGGCGGGCUUCAAGAAUGCCAAAAAUGAAACUUCCUUGGUUUCCCUGCGCCUCCUGGACGGAGGCGUCAGAGUGCAAGAAGCUGUGUACGGUCACAACUACACGAUGCGUGCCGAGAUUUCACGCCCAGACGGAAUGUACGGGAUCCGAGUCAAAAACUGCGUGGCGUUCAACAAGCUCAACUCCAGCGUACCGCUCAUAGACGAUAAAGGCUGCCCCGUGAAGGCUCGAGUGAUGACGAAAUUCAUAUACGAUCGGAGCACCGGUAUGGCGGAUGCCACAUUGUUCUCGAUGUUCCGGUUUUCCGACAGUUCCGAGGUGCAUUUCCAAUGUGACAUCGCCGUGUGCAGAGGAAGCUGUGGCACCCCCAUUUGCGAAGGAGACAAAGAGGAGCUCAUAAAGGGUGGCUCCUCCACUAACGGACAGAGUGUUAGUGGCGAAGAGGGAGUGCUGCUCGCCGGGACGAGUGUUUUUGUCCUCAAGCCGGGCGAACAACGAGUUGUACAAACACUGCACGAUGACGGCAGCGUGCACCCGCUGUGGCUCCUGUGGCUCGCGGUGGCGCUCGGGAUAUUAUUCCUCAUCAUGCUCAUUAUCAACAUAUUCCUGUGUUCGGCGAUGACCUGCAGUUGCACCCGGACCGACAUUAUCGAGAAGGAGCCGUCGAUCAUUGAGGAUUACGAUCCGUACCGCAGCUGGCACGGUUCUCAAUACGGGUAUUCGUUAAACGGAAAGCAGGGAUACGCCUCUGGGGGAUCCACCAUGAAUUCCACGAGGUCGAUAUCGACCAACAGCGAUCACUACGCGAUAGUGCACUCUCGACCGGGCAGCAGAUACUCCGGCCCCGGCCAGAAGCACCACCAUCAUCACAGAGGACCGCCGUCCAACAUCGGCUCGCACUACUCCGGGAAGUGACGACCGUCUUAGCUUCGUUUAUCGAAAGAAUCUAGAACUCUCUCUUCAUUAACGUUACUUUAAUCAAACACGAAUUCUUAAGCGCCACCGCGGCAUUUAUACGAUCGCACGAAUGACAGGUGUUCGGUUCGAGCGCGAAAUUACCGAUGCGACUGCGAGAAGACUCCGCAGAGACGACACGUUCAACGACGUAUUGACGCUUUCUUGAUCGUGUCGUUUGGCACAUGGAUUAUGCGGCAUUGGUAUGGCACUUCUUCUGUAAACCAGAAACAGGUGCUUACCGCAACCUUGUAUGUUUACAUGAGCAAUCAAUCUCAAUCUCGCUUCAAUAUUCGAGUAUAAUAAGUUAAUGAUAGAUUGCACAUAGCACGGUAAUGGAUUCAUAAUUGACGGCCUGGGAAUGUCACACCAAUGCGCAAUAGCGUGUCUGCAAUCAGUAAUAUGUAUAUUUUACGCGACAUAUGCCGCAGAAAUACGUAUAAACGAUGAAGGAAACGUCAAUAUAUGAAAUUCGAUACCUCGACAACGAUCGUUGAUUAAUACCUCGCGAAGCUCACGCCUCGAAAGGAUGUAAUCACAUCACGCUCCGAUGUUUUUACCACGCAUUUUACUCGAUAAUCUCGCAUUUUGUUAACGAUAUCAACGACAAUGAGUAAUGUGAUCAAUUCGAGAAACGCGGACCAAUAAUAGAUAAAAACUCUUUCUCUAUAUAUAUACGUAAGCACGGUUAUUUUAUAAAAACACUGCAUGCAUCUACACGUCGGGACUUUUAUGCCUAGCCUUAUCAUUCGUGAGACGAUUCUCGUGCUAGACUGCGUAUGUAUCAUAAUAUAAUAGUCAUAACAUAGGCACACUAGCAUAUACGAAACUGCGGAACAUUAUGAUUUUAAUUAAGAUAUAACUAGUUAAAUGCUUUUUGUACAUAAAUCCAUUAAUCGAAAAACAAGA